AUGCCUACGAUGAAUGCAAACGAAUCAACCUUCGCCGAUGCCACCUACAUUCCCCCGGACGCAAUAUUCGAACUUACAAAAAGAUUUCAAGACGAUCAAAACCCGAACAAAGUAAACCUCGGUCAAGGAACAUACCGCGACGAAAACGGUAGUCCAUGGGUUUUGCCAUCAGUAGUUGCAGCUAAGGAGGCUCUGGGUUCUGUGAACCACGAGUAUCUUCAUAUCCGUGGUCUACCGGCGUUUUGCGAUAGAGCUGCAGAGGUUGUCUUUCAUGGAACAAGAGCACUGAAUGAGGACAGAAUCGCAACUUGCCAAGCCUUGUCGGGGACAGGAGCACUUCUUCUGGCUGGACUGGCUAUAAAGAAAGCUCAAACAGGAAUUAAGACCAUAUACGUCACAUCGCCGUCCUGGUCAAACCAUGAAGUUGUCUUCAGCGGGCUGGGCUUUACCGUCAAGAAGAUACCAUACUACAACAACAAGACCUUCGACUUUGAGCAAUAUUUGACUGUCCUCAAAUCUGCUGAUAGACAUUCAGCUGUCGUCCUACACGCCUGUGCUCACAACCCAACUGGCUGUGACCCAACUCGCGAGCAGUGGCAACAAAUUGGCAAAGUAAUCAAACAGAACGGAAUUCUACCAAUAGUUGACGCCGCGUACCUCGGGUUUAACUCUGGAUCCGUGGAUCAAGAUGCAUGGGCAAUUCGUCAUCUAACAGAGGACUUGGGCCUGGAAGCCGCGGUUUGUAUAUCCUUUGCGAAAAAUAUGGGACUGUACGGCGAGCGAGUCGGCCUUGUGGCAUUCAUAACCAAAACUGCAGAAACAAGCCGCUGCAUGUCUUCUAUCCUCGAAAGAGAGCAGCGCGCAACAGUGUCUAGUCCACCGGCAUAUGGUGCUCGCAUUGCCGCAACUGUUCUCGGGAAUCCCGCAUUGGUAGCGCAAUGGUCGAAGGACUUGCUUACAAUGUCACGCAGAAUCAGUGACAUGCGGAAACGACUGUGCGAUGAGCUCACGCGGUUGCAAACUCCGGGUGAUUGGUCUCAUAUUCUUGGUCAGUGUGGCAUGUUUGCGUAUACAGGCAUCAGCAAGGAGCAAGUCCAUCGCCUGCAAGAGGACUAUCACAUUUACAUGCCAGACACGGGGAGAAUGUCCCUGCCUGGACUAAAUGAGAGGAACGUGGCCUAA